GGAGGGAGGGAUUCAGGAAUCACAUGGUUUACGUUUGCAGCUCUGUCAGACGCCAUUUUGGAGGAAAGUUUGGGAUUUGUGAGACCUGGAAGGCUGCAGGGAGAGGAGCAGGAGGAGUGGGAAGGAGCAAACAGGAGGACUCAUCCACUCGGGGAGUGGGACACGCAUACAGCUCUCAGGCUGCGGCUUCCAGGGCUCUGAGGUCUGCGGGCCGGUGCGGGAUUAGGCGGUGGGACAGAGUUAGGAGUGUCUCCUCUAGGCUGGAAGUUUGUCCCGGGUUUUCUGGAAGGAGGUGCGGAGCUCCGGAGCGGCUCGGUCUCCUCCUCUGCAGCCGGAGCAGCAGCUGCAGCGGCGGGCAGCUCCUCCUGUCUGGCUCCCUGCCUGCCCUCAAACUGGGUGUGUUUACCGCGGACUUUGGCGCAGAGCAGAUCCCGGAUCCCAGCUGCUGGAAAACAGAUUCCCACUUUACUUCCAUCCAGAGCCGAGCAGCGGCCAGCCUGAGCGCUGCUCCCCGGCCGGAGGAGCCUCUGAGGCGGGGAAGUGCAGCUCGGAGAGUCGAGUCCUCCCCGGAGCUCCCCUCCCCCCCAGGAUUCUAAGUUUUCUGCGUGGUUCAGGACCGGUUCGGUUCUGGGGUGUUUCUUGGACGGGUCAGGAAGUUUGCUCGGUGUGGAACUUGGUGUCGUCGUGGAGGGAUUUUUAUUGGAUUUUACGGGAAAAACAAUUGGAAACCUGUUCUGUGCGGGAAGUGUGUGUGUGGUUCUGAGCUCCGAACUGAACCGAGCCGAGUCAGAACAUGCCCGUUAGAAAGAAAGACGCCCAGCGGGCCCUGCUGCUCCUGGAGGAGUACCGGAACAAGCUGAACCACACGGAGGACCGGCAGCUGCGUCUCUCCAUCCAGAGAGUCAUCGACAUCUUCCAGAGCAACCUGUUCCAGGCUCUCAUAGAUAUCCAGGAAUUUUACGAAGUGACCUUAUCGGACAGCCAGAGGUGGGCGGAGUCUUCCCGGGGGGCGGAGCCUGGCGUGCCCCUCCACCUGUGGGACCUGUCCAGCCUGCAGAGCCCGACCGGAACCUCCGAGACGCUGCCCAGCCUUAGCACCAGCAUCGAGGAGUCCCCUCUCCUUAACGAAAUCCUGCACACCUUGGCGCAGGCCAAGCUGUCCCCCCGCCAUGACGGCCAGAAGUACCGGCACCACGAUGAGGACUCGUCCCCCCAGGACCAGAGCUCCCCACCCCUCACGGAGGAAGGGGCGGGGCCAGAGCUGGUCCAGAUCGCCGAGAAGAACCUGAACCAGAUCGAGAACGUCCACGGAUACGUCUCCCACGCCCACAUCUCACCUAUGAAGGUAGCGUCUCUGGAGUUCCUCCUGGACGGCUCCUCGUCGUUAGGACUCUUCCCCCCGGAGCUCCCGUCCCCCACGCCCUCCGCCCUCUACCCCCACGGAGAGGACAGCCCCCUCCCCUCCUGCUCGUCCAACCCCUACCCCCCCAUACAGCAGGCCGAGGCCGCCCCGCCCUGCUCUCCUAUAAUCCCUGUGAUCCCCAUCGCUCCAAUCCCAGCCGAGACCUCCGCCAUCCCCGCAGCAUCACAGGCCAAUCCUCCGCCUGUGGUGGUCAACACCGACAGCCUGGACAUGCCGCCAUACGUGAACGGGACGGAGGCUGAAUAUGAGUACGAGGAAAUCACACUGGAGAGGGGAAACUCUGGGCUGGGCUUCAGCAUCGCCGGAGGGACGGACAACCCCCACAUCGGUGAAGACCCCAGCAUCUUCAUCACCAAAGUCAUCCCUGGAGGGGCAGCCGCUCAGGAUGGACGGCUCAGGGUGAACGACGUCAUCCUGCGGGUGAACGAGGUGGACGUCCGGGACGUAACCCACAGCCGGGCCGUGGAGGCGCUGAAGGAGGCGGGGUCUCUGGUGCGCCUCUACAUCCGGCGGAGGAAACCACUGUCAGAGAAGAUGAUGGAGAUCAAGCUGGUGAAAGGACCCAAAGGUCUGGGCUUCAGCAUCGCGGGCGGCGUCGGGAACCAGCACAUCCCCGGAGACAACAGCAUCUACGUAACCAAGAUCAUCGAAGGCGGCGCCGCGCAGAAGGACGGCAGGCUGCAGAUCGGAGACAAGCUGCUGGCUGUGAACAGCGUCUGUCUGGAGGAGGUGACCCACGAACACGCCGUCACUGCCUUGAAAAACACUCCUGAUGUUGUCUACUUGAAAGUGGCAAAACCCAACAGUGUCUUCAUGAACGACAGCUUCGCCCCGCCAGACCUCACCAACUCCUACACGCAGCACAUGGAGAACCAUAUCAGCCCCCCCAGCUUCCUGGGCCAGGCCGUCCCCCCGCCGGCGUCGUCUGGGCGAUACUCGCCGACGCCGAAGGGCAUUCUGGGAGAAGAUGACGUCACACGGGAGCCGAGGAAGGUGGUUCUGCACCGCGGGGCGACGGGUCUGGGCUUCAACAUCGUGGGCGGCGAGGACGGAGAGGGCAUCUUCAUCUCCUUCAUCCUGGCCGGCGGUCCGGCCGACCUGAGCGGGGAGCUGAGGAAAGGAGACCGCCUGGUGUCGGUGAACGGCGUGGACCUCCGGAACGCCACACACGAGCAGGCCGCCGCCGCCCUGAAGAACGCCGGCCAGACGGUGACCAUCGUCGCCCACUACAGGCCAGAAGAGUACAGCCGCUUCGAGGCCAAGAUCCACGACCUGCGGGAGCAGAUGAUGAACAGCAGCAUCAGCUCGGGCUCCGGGUCGCUGCGGACGAGUCAGAAGAGGUCUCUCUACGUCAGAGCUCUGUUUGAGUACGACAAGACGCGGGACUCGGGUCUGCCCAGCCAGGGCCUCAACUUCAAGUUCGGAGACAUCCUGCAUGUGGUGAACGCCUCGGACGACGAGUGGUGGCAGGCCCGGCACCUGACGCCUCAGGGGGAGCAGGAGGAGGUGGGAGUGAUCCCCAGCAAGAGGAGAGUGGAGAAGAAGGAGCGAGCGAGGUUAAAGACGGUGAAGUUCAACGCCAAGUCAAGAGACCGAGGGCAGUCCGUCAAUGACAAGCGUAAAAAGAACCUCUUUACCCGAAAGUUUCCUUUCUACAAGAGCAAAGAGCCGAGCGAGCAGGAGACCAGCGACGCCGACCAACAUGUGACGUCUAACGCCAGCGAUAGUGAAAGUAGCUACCGUGGGCAGGAUGAGUACGUUCUGUCGUAUGAACCCGUCGUGCAGCAGGAAGUGAACUACACCCGACCCGUCAUCAUCCUCGGCCCGAUGAAGGACCGGAUCAACGACGACCUGAUCUCUGAAUUCCCGGAUAAAUUCGGUUCCUGCGUCCCACAUACGACCCGGCCCAAACGGGACUACGAGGUGGACGGGCGGGACUACCACUUUGUGGCGUCGCGGGAGCAGAUGGAGAAGGACAUCCAGGAGCACCGCUUCAUCGAGGCGGGCCAGUACAACAACCACCUGUACGGAACCAGCGUGCAGUCCGUCCGCCAGGUGGCCGAGAAGGGGAAGCACUGCAUCCUGGACGUGUCCGGCAACGCCAUCAAGAGGCUGCAGCUGGCGCUGCUACACCCCAUUGCCAUCUUCAUCAAACCCAAAUCCGUGGAGAACAUCAUGGAGAUGAACAAACGUCUGACGGACGAACAGGGAAGGAAAACAUUCGACCGCGCCGCCAAGCUGGAGCAGGAGUUCACCGAGCACUUCACAGCCGUUGUCCAGGGUGACACGUUGGAGGAGAUCUACGAUCAGGUGAAGCAGAUUAUCGAGGAUCAGUCGGGUCCGUUCAUCUGGGUUCUGUCCAAGGAGAAGCUAUGAGGCGCCGCCGCUCCUCUUCAUCACUUACGUUAUUCUGAGAGAGGAGUCCAGCUGCAGGCGGCAGCCCCACCCUCCAUCAUCCAUCCAUCCAUCCAUCCAUCCAUCCAUCAUCCAUCCCUCAGCGAUCAGCAGACGGCUUCAUGUUGUUCCGCCUGAUUUGGAAGCACACAGGAAGUGACAUCACACUCAGCACGGUACAGCUCCUUAAUGUUUAAGGACGGAGAACUUCGGAGGAGAAGAGUUCGGAAACGUACGAAGCAGAUUUUCUUCCUUUUUCUUGUUUUUUUUCCAGCCGGCUCCGUUUGUCGGGUCGGAGGAAUCAGAGACACAAAAAGCAAAACUUUGCACGUUUGAGCUUUAACAGCAUGUCGGUUUAAACCCGUUGAUUUCCCAUCAGCCCCUUCACCUCAGCAUCUGACAUCACAGCUUCUGUCACAGCUUUUCUCUCUUUUUUUAUUGAUUCAUGUUUAGUUUUUAACAUUUUCGCUCCUCUGCUGCAGGACGUCUGUCAGGGAGCUGCAGGGUCAGCGCUCUGCCACCAGAGGGCGCCAAACAAAUUCUCCCCGAAAAACGAGCUGAUUUUAAACUCAUAAUUCAAAAUAAACAGAAAUGAUUAACGGUCUAUUAGACUGAGUCAAAGUCACCUUGAUUUAAACUAACAACUUCUUUUGGUAAAUUUAACACUAAAUACACUCAAAAACGUUUUAAAGGAACUUUUGUGCCAAAAAUCAAACAAAGCAUAAAAUCAUCAGUUUAUUUUUACAAAUUUUAUCAUAAGAGUGAAAUUGUAGGAAAACCUUUUUAUUUUAAUAACAGAACAUUUUAUAAUACUAUAAAAUUCAGCUGUAGAAAGUGAGAAAUUAAAAGUUUUAGUAAAAAAAUUAAA